AUGCUGGCCGUGAGGAGAAGGGAAGACACCAAGAAGGGGCGAGGGUUAGAGCUUGUGUAUGGAGAAGUGGGGGAGAUGGGGGACAAUGAACUCGAAGAUGGUGAAGCCUAUUCGGGCGAGGUGGAUAACGCCACCAUCGACCCUGGCAUCUCCCUCUCCUACAUCGUAAGACCCCCCACAUACCCCAUUGGUAGCCCCGGCGUCCAUUAAUCCAUUGCUUGGCUCUCAAUGUGGAAGGAGAAUUUUUUCGUUGGGUUUAGUUAAUCUCCUUGUUCAGUACGUUUAUUCUUCAGCCUUAUUUUUAAGCCUUGGAUUUGUGAAAAGGUUCUUGAUGUUCUUUUCUUUUAUGCGCCAGGAAUUCAAAUAUCUGCACAUAGUUUAUUCAUGUUGUUCAUGGCCGUAUUGUUACCACUUUGUUCUUGUAGAUAUGGUCUCAUCACUGCGGAUGAGCGCUAGACAUUACUCCGAAGUUUUUUUCCAUCAUUCCCGUAUAGCUUAGAACAUUUCGCUAGGAAGAAUUUUCCUUCAUGUACUUUCAGGAUGACAAGAUCCAAGAUGUCUUGGGCCAGUUUCAGAAAAGUUUUGGAGGUGGAAUGUCUAGAGAAAGUUCGGGUAAGAUUCAGUGCAUAAAUCUUAUUCUCCAACUCUAAUGUUGGAUUAUAGUACUGUAGCAAGCAACUGGGGAUGUUUUUAUUGAGGAGACCAAAUAAGCGGUUUUCAUGAUUUCACAGGGACAAGGCUUGAUGAAUAUGGUUCAUUCUUACCAGUCUAUCAGCGUGUGCCAUCUGCCUUUUCUCGUCCUGGAUGUCAACAGAGGGAACCUGUAUGCAAUGCACCGAGGGCUCCUUUCAAGGUGUCUGUUUUAUUCUCAUUCUUUUAAAUUAUCACUUUUCAGAGAAUUGCAUCGACCUGUAGUUGGCACAGUUGAUCUGCAUCCUAAGGAGCAUUUUACUUGUUGGACAGGGUGCACAACAGACUCCUGUAGUUCCAUCCAAUGGGUCCGUUCCCCAUAGAAGUAACUCUGCCUCAGUAAUACCACCAACUGUGGAUGUCAGAAAGAGAAACAACACAUGUGUCAGCACUCCUACAUCUGGAGAAUUUAUUCUGCGGGAUGAUUCGAGUCGUAGAUUUGAGGGAAAUAGUGACCCUAAAAUACUGAAGGUUCGCAUUAAAGUAGGGUCUGACAUAGUGUUGCCAAGAUCAAAUGAUGCAAUUUACAGUGACAUGGGCCUUGAUUAUUCUCCAUCAUUAUCAGUGGAGGACAGUCCAAGCGGGGAAUGGACUUUGGGUGACAUCUGUGCUACGAAAGAAUCUCCAAUGGGUAUUUAUCAGGUAAUCAUUAUUAACAAUAGUCUCCUUUAGUGGUGUUUUUCACGACUUAAUUCUGUUUAUAUUUUUUCAAUUUUGUGCGACAGGUUAUGAAAAAGUUUGUAGCUGUCGAUGGACGUAUUCUUUCCCCUCUUCCUGACAGUCUAUUGUGCCUGAUGGAGAAAGAAGGUGCAUUUCAAAAGGAAUGUAAGUUAGGUUCUCUCCACAAAUUUGAAGAUGAGGCUUUAUCUAUGAACAAUGGGAAAAGCUACGAAGAUGGACAAGUAAAGUCUGUUGAGACAAAUGCAAGGUCCUUAGGAUCAAAGAGCAUCAAUUUGAAACGUGGGGAAAACAGUACAACUAGGAUGACAAGGGCAUAUUUGGAUACAGAAACAUCAGGUAACAGAGAGCCUACACCACCUGUAAAUGCUCAGAAACUGCCUGCUUCAAAAGUUGCUGGUGAAAAGGCUGAAAAGCAACCAUGUGGAGAGUCAGGGAAGGCAUGUGAUGCCUCACGAGGCUCCAAUAAGGUGUUGGGCUUGGACACAGAUUUUUCACCUGAGUUUUCAACGGAUGAAUCAUUGGUAUGUAGUACUACUAUGGAAAACACAAAGGUUGGCAGUUUCGGGAAUGAUUCCUCACAUUUGAAGGGGAAAGUGAACUUCAGAAAGAGUUCAACUGGCAAGGCAUUACAAGAAGGAAAAAGUAAUGGUAACAAAGACGAACUGUUUGAUCCACAUAGUAUGUGUGGAGAAAUAGCAGAUAAGAUCUACAAUGUAUUAAAUUCAGAGUUUGGAUCGAAGGGAAGCAAUGAUCUGACAGUCAUGACUGUGGACCAUAUGAAGGAAAAACCUUCUCAGAAAACUAGCUUGCGUGGACCAUAUGAUGAGAAGAUGUUCCUAGCAAAGGUUGUCGAAGAAAAACCAACGGAAAACCAAACAAGUGGAAUUCAACUCAUGGAGAUUCCCAGGAAAAACAUUAAGGGCAGAUCCUUAUCUUCGAAAGAGAAGAAGAAAGUUUGUCGUGCAAAAAGCGAAAAUUCCGAAAAAAAGCGAAAUGGUUUAAAAUCUCAUAAAUCGAGUAGGAUUCUUACUAAGCAAUACCAAAGAAAUUCACUUUGUGAGGCAGAAGGUGAACAAAUGGAGAAUAUUAAUGAUCCAAUUGAAAAAGUUGUUACUGAUAUAAGAAAUGAUUCGAAAAUUGAAUGUGAGAAUUUUCGAUUGUCUGAACGAGUAGAAAAGAAUCCCGAAAUCUCACCUUGGAUGGCUAAUGUACCAACUUCUGAUGCAGCUUCAGCACCUUCAGCUCAUGUCAUUGAGGAAAAUUGGGUCUGUUGUGACAAAUGUCAGAAAUGGCGCCUUUUGCCACAUGGGACUAAUCCUGAUCAUCUCCCCGAAAAAUGGCUUUGCAGUAUGCUCAGUUGGCUGUAAGUAAUUUUCAAAAUUUUAUGCCGCCGAGUUGAGCUUGUUGUUUUGCUGCUGUGACUAAUUACAUACAUGGAUCACGUCUUAUGCUUGUAUCUGAUUUUUUUUAAUUUUAACAUACUGCCAGUAACAACUAUGUUUAUGUGCUCUGAUCCCUUAAUGUCUCUUUCUUGUAUUUUGCAAUGCCGUUUGUUUAUAUACAUUUAUGCUUUGAUGUCUUAUUCAUUUCUUUCUCCCACUCAACUCCUGCAUCCAAUCUCUAUCCAGGCCCGGAAUGAAUAAGUGCAUUAUCAGUGAAGAGGAGACGACAAGAGCUCUCCAUGCUUUGUACCAAGUACCUCUCCCUGAGAACAGAAGUAACAUGAAUGGCCCUACUGAUGCAGCUUUCCUGGGAAAGGCUUUCACAGAUGACCGUCAUCAGUAUCAGAAUCAUGAUUCUGUUUUGCUUUCGUCACCCACUCAUGGAAAGAAAAAGUAUACCGGGAAGGAUACAUCGCAUCCCAUUGAUCCAAUUCAGCUACCAAAUUCUGUAAAGAAGAAAAAGCAGGUUUUUGUUAAGGAUAGAAGCUAUGAUGGGACGCAUGAAGUCGAACCAAAACGAUCACGGAGAUCCUCUGUUCAGCAUAUCAGCAAGCCAGCAGAUUUUUAUUCAGGAAGUGAUGAUGGGAGACAAACAGAGACAUGCAAAACAUUGAAAACAUAUUCCGUUGAAGGUCAUGCUCCAUUCUGUUCUUUGUGAUGCAUCAUCCCUUUUUACUUUUAGAAAGGAUGACCUUUAUCUGGAUAUGUUCAAUUUAUUCCUGACAUGAUACUCACAUAAUUGUGUAUAUUCACUGCAGGUGAAAUCCUUGAAGAAGAUUGUAAACCUUUCAGAUCCAAGAGCAAGAGAGACUUUGAUCAAGAUGGAGUUCAAAGUUCCCAAAAGGUCAAGGCCAAGGGAACAUCUUAUGGUUCUGGAGAUUGGAAUUCUGACCAAGAUUUUGCUGGAAAAUCUCCACUAACUUUUUCCAAUGGUUUUUUAUCAAAGAUCGAAGAAAGAAGUUCAAUGAAACUUACUGCUAAUGCUUCAUUGAAUCCUUCCAGAAAUGAUUCAAAGGCAAACUUAUCAGGGUCUGUGAGUAAAUUGACAACAGAUAUACACUUAUCAGGCAAAGAUCAGUUUAUUGCUUCUGACAUGAAAGAGUCCGAUAAAAUGUUUUCUUCUACAAAGAAGAGAAAGAUAAACUUGGAGAACUUUCGGGUCCACUCUGAGACUGUGGUGGGUUGCGGAUAUGUUGCAGAUGAUUUAUUAAGCAUCAAAGAGGAAAUAAGUGAAAGCAACCCAAGGAAUGAAAAGAAGGCAAAAAUUUCAAAGGCCAAGGGAAAGGAAUCCGUUAAAAUUAAGAUGGGUACUAAAAUUGACAAAAAUGGUCGGGUAAUGAGAAUCUUGUUGUCUAAUGUCAAGGAGCAUAUGCUUCAUGGAAUAGAGAAACGUAAUGACUCUGCUGAGAAGCAAAAUGGGCAGUUCCAAUGUGAGGCAUCUCUAAAAAAUAUGGACUGUUUGGAUUCAUCGAAAAGGGAUUUGUCCUGUGUGCUGCAUUCUACUGUUGCUACUUCAAGCUCAUCCAAGAUCUCAAGCUCGCAUAGAAGCAAGUCAAAAUUUCAGGAAGCUAGAGGUUCUCCUGUAGAAUCUGUUUCUUCAUCACCUUUGAGGAUUUCCAAUCCUGAUGCAUUUGAAGUUAAAUCUAAUGCUGUAGGAAAAGAUGCUGCGACUGGUAGCUUUUCAAACGGAGGUAACAAAAGAAGAUCCUUUGAGUGUGCAGUUGGUGGUGGGAUAGGACAGUCUGGGACAGUAAGAAGAGAGAAAGAUUCUUCAAUUGCCCGCUGUGAUUUUCAGAAAAAGGAUGAAACUCCAUUAUUAGUUGAAAAUGGAAAUGUCGUGGCACACUUGAAUCCAAUGAGGAAUGCGCAUGAUGAUCAUUCACUGUCUAUUUUUGGAGAAAAUAAUAUGGUGGUUGGUGCUGUGAGCAUUUCAGAUCGCUAUAAUAAAUAUCCUGACGACAACAUCCAUGCUAGUAAGAAUCAUGGCUGUGACCCGGAAAAGCUGAAUAAUAACAUCCGUGCUAGUGUUUCUGGCCAAAAAAAAUCAGUCAAAGGUCCUUCACCCAGGUUGAAUGGGAAUCAUGAAAGUUCGAAAAGCUAUACUGGUAACAAGAAACUUAAGAUACGAGAUUCUUCUAGUGAGCAUAAAAAUUUAGACUCUUCUAAGAAAGGGAAUAUUUCCAGACAUGGUGCUGCUAUGGAUUCUCGCGGUCGUUCUCCAUAUCAUGAGGAUUUGAUGGAUCAAAGGUAUAUUGGCGCACAGAGAGAUAAUGAAAACAGAGAAUCAGAGGGGAAAUGGUCAGUUGAAUGUGGACGGAAUAGCCAGUCAAAUUUUCUAUCUGACGAAAAUUUGGAGGCUGAUAGCUUGCUGGCUAAACAGCCAAGGGGUCUCCACUCUAGAGGCAGUGGGGCUGGAACUGUCGCCAAAAAGGUUGGCAAGUUUCGUUUGCAAAAUGGUUGUCAAACCGCAAAUUUUCAUGGGGAUGAAAAGCCAUCAGCCUAUUUAAUCUCCGUUGAACCUGAUAAAUUGAAGAAAAAACUUGGAAGAGGAAAGUCUCCAUUUGUCUCACAUUCUGGGGAUAAGCAAGAAGUACAACUUCAAGUCCUCCAAACGGUUUUUUCACACACCAACGCAGGCAAGGCAGUAGUGUCAUCUAUUAGUGCUGCAAGCAAUGAUAUACUGAAGAAGGCUAAGCAACCUAAGCUUGAUAGCCAGAAUGCAAUGAAUCACAAUGGUUUGAGACAUCCGAUACCUAGCGAGAUUGAUGCCCCAAGUUUCAUCAGAAGGGAUGCUAACCAAAGUAUAACAACUGCUUUCAAGGAGGCGAGGGAUUUGAAACACACUGCUAACAGAUUAAAGGUUUGUUCUAGCAUCUGUCUUAUGAAGAAUUACAUUUUAUUUGUACUGUUGAGUGGGUGAACAUUUUGACCAUCUAUGGCAGGGUGAAGGAUUGGAGCAUGAAAGUACUGGUCUAUACUUUGAGGCAGCAUUGAAAUUUCUUCAUGUGGCCUCCCUUCUUGAGUCUUCAAGUACUGAAAGUUGCAAAAAUGGGGAGACUACCCAAUCAAUGUCUAUGUAUUCUGAUACUGCUAAACUCUGCGAGUGAGUAGAACUUGAAAGGCUCGAUAACCAUAUUAUUGCCUUUUUUGCCUGUGAAAAUUGCGGAUGAUUUUAUUCAUCAUGACGUAAAGUUAGACAUGCUGUGUUUGCUUUUAUUCCGUCAUUGGUAUAUAUGUUUUAUAUAUUUUACCGUCUCUAAUAUAUGCUUUUGAUUCCUAUGCCCGUCCCCAAAAGAUGGCCGGUUAUGUUUGGGUAAUAAUCCUUUGCGGAGCAUACUUCUCUGUGAACAACUUUUUUGUUGGGAUAGUGGAUUUUGAGUGGAUUAUUAUCUAUUGGUUAACUAGGCGUUUUUGACGCAGAUUUUGUGCUCAUGAAUAUGAGAAAUGCAAAGAAAUGGCUGCAGCUGCUCUGGCUUACAAAUGCAUGGAAGUGGCAUAUAUGAAGGUUGCCUUUUGUAAGCAUUCCGGUGCAAGCAAAGAUCGAAACGAACUGCAGACAACUCUACUCAUGAUCACUUCAGGUAAACCAACUAAUUUUGUGUACCUAGCUAAAUAAGAAUGAAAAUGGUUUCAGAAGCCAAAGUUCUUUUGCUGGUGGCACCUCCGGAACAGGCAAUGGUUUUAUUUUGUAUCUAUUGUUUUUCACUGAAUUCCAGUUGUUUUGAGUGCGCCUCUCCAUCACUUGUGCUUUGGCAAUGACUAUUCAUGUGUUUGGGAAGUUGUCAAUGUACCUUCUUAUUCUGUAGGGGGUCCUCACUAAUCCUAGCCUCUUGGUUAGGACAGUCAGUUCGUAGAGAGCUAGAAGCUUUGCUGUUUUUCUUUGGAAAAUAGGCAGUUUGGUACCGUUCAUUCUCGGAAGCUGGUUGUUCAAUCAUCUUCUUGAAAUCUUCUGAUGUUUGAGUGGCUUACAACUCAUGUUGCAUACAGUUUCCUAAAAGCCAUGUUUCGAAGAAUGGGAUAUUUUCACUAUGGAUUGGCACAUAUGGGUUGGAACAGCCUUUCAAUCCAGUUAACUUUGGGGGAUCUUAUCCUUAUAUGUACAUGUUUUUAUGCAUAUUUAUAUCACAUUAUGUGGCCUUCAAACUCAAAAUUACCCAAAUUUUGGUUAAAUCAGAUGCUCAUCAGCAAUGGUUGGCUACAUAGGCAACAUUAAGGUUGCUUUCCCUCACCUGGAGGAAGAUGACGACUCUGUUUGACCCUAAGCAAUGUCACUUGGGUCGAUUAGGUUAAGUAAUUUGUCUCCAUAUGUGACGGAAAGGCAUUCCUAUGAACUCAUCAAUAAAUUGGACGAAUCUUCCGCAUGAACUCUGUUUGCCAAAUGCUGCUGGUUAUUUUCAUCGCACUUUAAAUAGCUUGUUUCUGCAGAAUGUUGCACAUGUGCCUCCACGUUGACGAAAAUCUCAUGUGCCUCCGCUUCAUUCGUUAUGCAUAUAUGGAUUCUGCGUUUAUGGAUUACCCAUUUAUUUCAUUUAGCACAAGAAAGAUGUGGUAGAAAGUCUCAGCCCUUAAAUGAUGGAGGGGUAUGCAGACCAGAUGACUCUGGGUCUUUGUCUCCUCACCUAUUAGUGGCUAUUUCAGCUUUCCCUGGCAGAAGCAUAGAAUAGCUAUAUGGAGAAUUAAAUUUUGUUUGUUUCAGUUAUUUCUCAAAGCGGUGAAUGAAGUUUUACGAUUGGAGUCCUGUUUUCUCCUUGAUCCUCAGAAAUGCUUUUCUAAACAUUGCAACGUAAGUGGCAGCACCGGUGUAAACUUAAUAUUCUAUCAAAGUUUCUAUUCAUCAUUGGCUUUUGGUUUACGAGCGUCAAAAUGAUCCCCAAUGAUGUUUCCAAUCCGAUAAUGUUCGGCAGUGUUUAAUUCAGAAACUGACAUUAAUGUUUAAUAACCCCCAAAGAUUCAGUUACCAUUCAAUGUUUUAUUGGGGAUAACGAAUAUUGAAGCAACUGACUUCUGUAAUAUAAUAUUGCUAUUUGCUCUCGUAUGUUAAUGACAGUAGAUUUGUGGCUUCUUUAGUGGACGUUAGGUUGAACCUGCAUGAUGCAUCAACUAACUCCUACGUUGAAAUGGGAAUGCAUGCCUCUUAUUUUAAUUGCUGGGUUACUGUUCGUCUCUAUAUAAUAUAUAUUAUGUCUUUUUUUAUUUUUCAUAAUGCACUUCACGGGAGUAUUCUCAGGGACGCAAGUUUGUUGCUGUUACAUGAUGUUCACAUUUUUCAACAGGUGAAUCACCCUCUUCUUCAGCUUCAGAUGUCGAUAAUUUGAACAACCACAAUAUACUUGAUAAGGCAACAUUAACAAAGGGUCGAAGUUCACCGCAGAGCAUCAGUAACCAUGUCCUUACUGCACGUACUCGGACAGAUUUUGUUCGGCUUCUAAAUUUUGUAAGUUCUUUGUUCUUCCUACACCUUUUUCUGCCAACCUGCGAUUGUUAUAGGACAAAAUGAAGUCUGCCCUUUUUUGUGUUUCACCGAUGAUGUACUUCCUCUGGAGCAUCCAAUUUGUACAGUAGAUGUUGGUUGAUAAAUGUGGGAAGCAGUAGCCCUCUUGGUGAAGUAAGUAGUUAAAACUAAUGGAUAACUUUUCUUGGUGAGAGAUUUUCUCUCAGGGUAAUGCGGUUUUGCUCUGUAUGUCCUAUGAAAAUGGUCACUUAGUCUUCACAAAGAAGAGCUACCUUGUCAAUCCAGAUAAGGAUGCAGUGCAUUUCUACUUUAGUAUGAUGUGGACAUAAAAGUAUCACCGGUGGCUUUCAUGCCUCUUUUUGUUAACUCAACAAGGGCCACACUCCUUGGCUCAAGAAACUUAAGAUCUUCUUGCUGUUUUGGAGUCCUUGUCCUAUGCAAACUACAACCUUUGAAGCCUGUGGGAUAUAUCUUAACUUCGAUUAAUGGGCUAUUGGUUGCAUAUUUUUAUGAUAUCUUCCUUCUCACCUUCGUUUUCUUGACAGGCACAAGAUGUUAAUUAUGCAAUGGAGGCCUCAAGGAAAUCUCACGACGCAUUUACACAUGCUAGUGCUAAUCCAGAAGAAUCUUACUAUGGGCCUGAUGGCAUCACUUCUGUGAAAAGAGUUCUUGAUUUCAGCUUCCAUGACGUUGAAGGGUUGCUACACCUUGUACGGCUGUCCAUGGAUGCUAUUAGCGAACCUUGCAAAUCUGGAGAGAACGCAGUUCCUGUAAAUAGAUGA